GUAAGAAAUUUGAAACAAGAGAUCCUCGAACAGGAGAUGUGAUAACAGAGGUGGCUGAAGGUGAUAAGGAGGACGUUGACCUCGCUGUUAAGGCGGCGAGGGAAGCUUUUGAUCAUGGCAGCUGGCCUCGCAUGUCUGGCUUUGAAAGGGGACGAAUAUUGUCCAAGUUGGCGGACUUGAUCGAAAAACACGAAGAAGAGCUUGCCAAGCUCGACUCGAUCAAUGUUGGAAAACUUUUGCAUGUAACUAGAGCCUUCGACGUCCAAGUUGCAGUGAAUGCUCUGAGGUAUUAUGCAGGUGCUGCUGAUAAAAUUCAUGGUGAGACUCUCAAAUGUGCAGGCGAGUAUCAGGCUCACACGCUCAAGGAGCCUGUUGGUGUGGUUGGGCACAUCCUUCCUUGGAAUUUCCCGAUUAUACUUUUUGCCUUUAAGGUCGCUCCGGCACUCGCCGCCGGAUGCACCAUGAUUGUCAAGCCUGCGGAACAAUCGCCGCUAUCAGCUUUGUAUAUUGCUCACUUGGCUAAGGAGGCUGGUAUUCCUGAUGGGGUUAUUAAUAUUAUCACUGGCUAUGGCCCAACUGCUGGAGCUGCUAUUGCUUCUCACAUGGAUGCAGAUGCU